AUCCCCGUCCCUACACACUGCACAUACUCUUUCCAGCCCUAUAUGCUGUAACCUAACCUGGCACACUGAGUGAUGCACAUCCAGCCCUCUGCACUCACAUUCAUGCACACAAUUACCCACACCUUGCACCAGCAGACCCUCACCAUGGCUGCUCCUGGCCCCACAGUGUGCAUGGGACCAAUGGGGAGCCCCCACCCAGCAUCCCUGUACCACCAGAUUGGCUAUGGCUGAAGAAACACAUCAGCUCCUGUGACAUCUGUUGGCCUUUAUGUGACAGUCACUGCAGGCUACGUCAUGCCAGCCCUGCUGUCCUGCUCAUCCACCUGGUGCUCAUCCCCCUGUGGUCCAUCAGCACUGGGAUGAUCUGCACGUAUCCCUGGCCCCAGGGAAGCAGAGCCCAGCCCCAGCACGCAGCCGCACGUGCUGCACUGCCCAGACACGUGCAGGAGCCUCUUCCCCAGCCUGGCGUAGCCCCAGGGCCAGCACCACCCACGGGUGCCCACUGCAAGGGGGCACAUGCCGGUCCCCUUGCCCACCACACCUGUGUCUGGCCGUCCCUGACUCAUUCCUGUAGCACCAUGAUGAUCCUUCUUGCCACUCAGGUGGUACCUGAGCCUUGCUGAGCCCUGGUCCCCUGCGUUCCCCAAGCUCAGCACCCCCCGAGGUGCAAGGUACAGCUCUGGGGCAUGGAGCAACCUGCCACCCUUGAGGGGAUGCAGAACACGGCUGGGCCCCAGGCCCAGAGCAUUGGCAGCCCCACACAUUGAUGCUCUGCCUGAGUGAGCCCCAGCACACAUGCACACGUGUGCAAGGAGGGCUCUGUUGCUGCACACACUCCCCUCUGCAUCCCCACUGGGGCUGGAUGCACCAGGGACACCCACAGCACUGACCUGCCUGCAUGGAGCCCCCAGCCCCACCACCGUGCCCAAGACCACCCUGCAUGGGCCAGGACACACCCACACACUGAUCUGCUGUGGACAGUUAUCGGGGGUCUGGGUGUCACCAGCCCAGAACUGUCCCCUGGGGACACAGAGGGCUCUCGCCCCUGCAGCCCAAGGUGCUGAGCCCUCCCUGAGCCAGCAGGACAGGACGUGCCUGUUCCUUGCUUGCCUCAACCUGCCCCAGGAGCUGGCGGAAAUGUGUGUGGAGAGGGGGAAUGCAGAGGGAUGGGAGAGCCCAGAGUCCCUCCAACUCCUCCUUUAUUCCAGCUCCUAUCCAUGCCUGGGAUGUGUGGUCCUGAAGCCUUCAAGGAUCACGGCCACCCUUGUUCCCCAGUCAGUGUUCUCCACACAGGCUGCCACCAGGGGCAAAAGCUGGCAAGUGAGCAUCCCCUGGCAUGGGCAUGGGGGACAAGAGAUGGGUAAGGCUCCCACCAGUUCUACCUCAGCCCCAGACCUUCAGGACGCUCCAGGGCACAGCAGCCACAGGGAUUCCCUUUCCUGCCAAAAACCCUUUCAGCAGAGAAGGAAAAAGAAACACAGAGAUGGGAGCCAUACACCCACCAAUCUAGGGCAAGUGGUGGUUGAAGGUUUGUGGUCCACUCAGCAUCAGGGUGGCUGUUUUACCCCAAGGAGCUGGCAGAGAAACCUGCAGCCGUGCUGGAAAUUCUCCCCAUUUGCUCAUGUAGCAUUUUUUUAUUAUUUUAAACAAAACUCUUUGACCAUGGAAAUCCUGCUUCACACCCCCCCCAAAAAAAAAAAAAAGCUAAGCAGACCCUCUCAGCAUGCCAGCUCACCCACAUUGCUGCUGUGUCAGCAUUCCCCAAUACUUGGAAAAGCCCUUAAAAUGCAAAUAUUUGUAUGGGGUUUAGAGAGUUUUCCACCCGUCUCUAAUUCCCUGUGGUUGUGGCCAGAGGGGCUGACCUCAGUGGGCACAGCAGGCUCCCGGUGACCCCUUCUCCAUGGCCAGGACAUGGCAGGGAAGAAAACUCCUCAUUUAUAUCCUUGGGAGGAGCUGGUAGGAGAUCAAAACACCUUCCUUCUCAUACUCUCCUCACACUAUGGGGUGCCAAGCAGGAUCAGCCCCCAGAGAGCACUGGCACCCCAUAGCGUGGGGGGAUGUCUGGCACCCACCUCUGGGGAGAACCACACUCCACAGGCACCUCUUCAAAGGGAUGCCCAUGCUUUGCAUGGCCACAGAUGACCCUGUUCCCCACACUCCUGGGGUUUAGGAGAGAGUCAGCAUCCCCACCCUGCCAGUUUUCCAGCAGCACUCUGCCAAGCCACUGGUAACAGGAGGUUGGGCACAACUGGAGAAAUAAAUAAAACACAAAGGACUGUCAGACUUGUGAAAGAGCAGGAAAACCUUUACCAGGUGCUGGCCUUUUUGAGCCCCCCUCAGCCCUGCAAGCAUCUCCCUGGUGAGGAAAUUGCUGCUGAGAGUUUGGUGAAAAUAGGUGAGGGAUGUGCAUCCUGCUGGCAGUAGUAAGAUUGCUGCCACCAUCUGCAUUCAACGUUCCAACACAAUCCACAACUGCCCAGCUCAAUGGCCUUGUCUGGACCCCUGCAAAUCUGUCAUUGUCACAGCAACACUGGCCACCAGGCUGGAGAGGGGUCCCAGAACUUUGAGCAUCCCCCUGCAAUGGUCAGUGUGGGGCAGUGACAAUGCCCCCAGCCCUGGCCCCAGCACAGCAGGAAGGGGCUGGCUCCCCUCUGCCCCAGGUUUGGAGCCGCCCCACUGAUAGGGAUGGCAGGGAGCCCUUCCCACAGCUGCCCGUAGAUAAGGCCCAUGUGUUCCUCACUGAUUGCCCUGGAGGCAGCUGGAGGUGCAGGAGCCACCAUUCCUGGGAGAUAUGGCCAGGAGGGGCAGUGGGGAUGAGGGCAGGGGGCUGCUGCAGGGGUGUGAGACACUGGGCCCCUCUGGAUCCCUCCUCUGGGCAGGUGAAGGUGCCCGGGCUGCCCUGACAGCACAGCUGGGGUGGGAGAAAGUGUGGACCCCUGGCAGAGCAACAUCCCCCACAAAUCCUGGAAAACACUUCCCAGUGCCUGGCAAACCCACAGGGCUGCAUCAUGAACUUGCUGCAAGGCAGAGUCAGGGACCCAACCGUGCCUCAGUUUCCCCAGCUGUAAAAUGGGCCAUGAGUCCUGCAGCAUGAGAGUAUAGAGGGCUCAGUCUCUCAUUGCUCUGGUCCCUGGGGAAAGAUCUAUGCCAGGUGCUAUUUAGAGACCAAGCUGGCAUUUUAGAAGAGGGGGAUACUGUCCUGGAAGCCAGCUGGCUGCCUCCAGUCUCUCCCUCAAGGUCACCAGGAAAAAUGCUGGCCCUGGAGAGGUUUGGGGUAGCAGUCCUUCCAGCUGCAGCUUCCCCUUCCAGGCAGGGAAAACCCCUUUUCCCAGCACGAGGCAAACAGAAUCAUUCCUGUUAGAGACCCCAGCCCCACAUCUCCUGCUGGGCCAUAAGUGAUGGGACACUGCCAGGAGGUGGCCGUGGGGUGAGAGUGGUGGAGGACAGCACACGGGGGAGCACAGGGCAGAGCUGGGGAUUUUUGCUAACCAGAGCAGCUCACUGUUUCACCAAAAAGCCAGCCCCGGAUGUCUAACCUUCUUGGGAAGCAGAAGUGCUGCAGAGGGUGUGUGGGUAAAAUCUCCCCGUGCUCCAGCUCUCAGAAACACUGCUCUGCCACAGCUGGGGGACCAGCUCCUGUGCACAGCCCUGGCGACACCCCCAGGGACCCUCCUGUCCCUUCCCAUAAAGGUCUGGGUGCUACCACAGAUGCUGCCAGCCUGACUAGGCUGCCAUUGAUGCCAGGCUGGGAAGAGAAGUGAGAUUGGCACAACAAGGAUGUCACUGUGUCUGUCCCAGAGCACCUAAAGGGGUCACCCCACAGGGAACCAGCUUGUGAGCCCUCAGCAGCCCAGCUGCAGUUCAGGUCAGCAAGACACCUCUUCCCAAAACUGCUGAGAUCAUUUGACCAUGUGCAUAUGUUCACAGAAAAGCCACACAUAAUGUACACACACACACCCACAAACGUGUAUGUGACUUUCUGCACUAUCGAGGAUCUUGUACAGUACAUAUAAACUGUGAUCAGCUGGGAUGGGUGUGCCCCCAAGAGUGGAACUCUUCCCCACAGGCUGGCUUAUCGCCCAUGCCAUAGCCUCAAUCAUGCUUCCCAACCAUUCCUGGCCCACCCAAGGGUCCCCUGGCCCCACAGAUGACCAAAGGGGCUCCCCGGGCCAGGGGGCUGCCCUUUGCAAUGCCCAGCAUUGCACAGCUCAUCCCCCAGACAGAGAAGAGGAAGAAGACAGUGGGGCCUGUCCCUGGUUUGGGAGGAAGGGGAGCCCACCAUGAGAAGAAAGAAGCCCAACAGAAGCUGGAUGAAACCUUUCUAUGAUCUGGAUCGAGGCCAUCAGAGCAGCUUUGAUGGCCCCAGCCUUCUCCUGUUUCAAGAGAGCCUCACAGAUGGGGUACCUGAUAACACCCCAGUCAUCUGUCCAGCCCUUCUGGCCCCCUUUCUGUUUGCUUUUCCUCCCAGCAGUUCCAUGUCCGAUGGCACUGCCCUGGGCCAGAAGGGAAGUGACCAAGCUGUGGGGCUCAGAUGAGGGCUUUGUGUCCUUCAAAGGGGACGAACAAACGGCCAGCAGUCCCAGCCUGGCUGGGGGGAUCCUGCGGAAAUACCACGGUCAACACUCUUGGGAGCUGCUUCCUGCCUGCUCCAAGGCUUUGGAUGCAGAAAAGUCUUUUCCUGCCGUAAGGUAACAUCUGCAUUUCCAGUGGGUGUCCCAGUGACAUGCCACUGGUUUCUUAGAGCCACCCCCAACCUCUGAAUGAAAAGGCACCUUGUUUGAAAAACAGAGGGGCCUUUUUCUGCUACAGCUACCUAAAGCAACCACGUCACUCCUGAUGUUUGCUUGUGGUGAAUGACGAGGUUAACACACCCUCUGAGUGGGCUGUGAGCGUUUUCUUUGGUCAGGAGCUUUAUUUUCAUACUCGUCUGUCUUGCAAGAAGCUCACGGGGGAAAAUGCUGAGGCUUUAAAAAGUCAGAUGGACAGUAGAGACACUGUGUUUGAGGAAGGGAGGUGCUGCUCCCUGAUGACCCUGAGCCUUCCCAGCUCUGUGACACUCACCCACCAGCCCCAGCCACCCCAUGGGGUCACCCACAAGCACCUGAGUCAGGCACAGGGAGUAGUCCCACCUGCUCGGGGAAAGCCUUCAGCCCUUGGUGGGUCUUCUUCAGCUGUCCUCGAGUGAUUUUGCCUCCCAUCGCAGGUGGGAAAGCAUCCCAAGUACAGCUCAAUGGGAAAAAAGAAAAACACCUUCCCUGCCUUGCCUGUCACCUCUACCAAUGCCAGAUGCACACCAAGGUGCUGGGGAAGCACUCCCACCUGCUGCCUGCUCCCUCCUGCCUUGGCAGGCAAGGGGGCAGAGGGAUGGGAGGGGUGGACAUGCCUGGAGAGGUGUUGGUGCAUGUGUGGUAGGGGUGUGCAUGUGCAUUACACGUGUGUGCAAUGUACCUGUGUGGGACACGUGGGUUUGCCCACCUGGCUGGCAUCCACACCCGUGGGCACAGCACCCUGUGGGGUGCAGGGAGCUGAGGCAGAGGGUGGUGGGGGCCCAGCAUCACCAGCUCUUGCUGACAGCCAAGCAACACUCAGCCCUGGACAAGCCUCUCUCCUGCGUGCCACUUCUUCCCCAAGUCCCUGCUGUGGAGUAAAGCACAGGGACAGGGUCUUUCAGCCCCAGGUUCAAAUGAUAAGGAAGAGAAGGCGGGGCUGGAGCAGCACAGGAGAGGUGCACAUCACCCUGGGCCCCUUUGCCAUGUUUGCAUCACUGGGUAAUAAAUAAAACCUCCAAAUUCACAUUUGCCAUGAAAGCCACCAGGAUGUGCACAGGCAAAGAAAGGUGCUUUCUCCAGAGAGGGGUAAUGACAGUGAGCAAACUCCAUGAUGAAAUGAGGCUGAGGAGGGAGCCUGCACUGGCACAGGGGGCUCAGCAGCCUCUGGGGCAGUUCUCGUGGACAUACUGAGCCAAGCAGAGCUGAAGGAGAGGCUGGUGUUAGAAAUAGUCCCUGCUGACCAUGCCUUUACAGACCACAGAUGACUAAGAGUCAGGAGCUAAAACCAAACAGCCCACUAUUCACUGGAGGAGUGGGGAAGAGAGCAGGGGAAGUUGUUUCCAUUAUUUGACCUGAGAGUUUUUCUAGCUGCAGGAAAGACUUUGGCUCUCAGGCCACAUCAAGACAAACUAAUUUUUUUUUCCCCCUAGGGUAAAGCCAGCUUUUCCCACCGAGCAAGAGCGCAGCCCCGCCAUGUGUGCAUCCCAAAGGAUGCCUGCCAAGACAGAGGGCGACAGGCAAAGUUUCUCCUCCUCAUAGCCUACCACGGACAUUUGUCCUUGAAGGGGACCUGGGGGGACAGUGCCUGCCAGGGACAGGAGGCUGCUGCAGGGCAGACCAGCAGGCGUGGGAAGGUCAGCAAUUUGGCUGAGGCACAGGCUGCUUGUUCCAAGAGCUGAGAGGGUCACAGGCCUUCUCCAAGCACACACCUCCUGGGGGAUUUGCCCUUGAGGCACUGACCUGGUUCUCCUGUCCCAGGGAAAACAAUUGCAGACUCACAUUUAUAUAGACCAUGUCUGCUGCCUGCCAUGCCUGGCAGUGGGGGCUGACUGCAAACUACAGACCAUUUGUUUCAGCUCAGCCCCUGGGACCCCACAAAAGCACAAGAGAAAGGCAUGAGCCCCCCAGAGCUGUGUGAAACACCUGAGUGACGAAAGCAUCCCAUCCCUGGCUGCCAGAGACAAAUUAAGAUACCCUGGUUUGAACACCACAUCUCAUUCUCUGCUCCAUAAAUAAACCUACCAGGCACAUGGCAUCCCCUGCACACAGCAGCCCGGGGCAGGUGUUGCAGCUGCCACCAGUGCAGAGAGGAGGCAAUUAGCAGGUAGUGAGAAAGCUCUGUCCAGCCCCAUUGUGCUAAUCCUACCCCAAUUAAAGCCCCCUCUUUGCUUUCAGAUAUUGCUAUGAAAGAUUAUCUACCCUAAAACAAGCAGGUCAACAAGACAAAGCCAACUCUCCGUUUACAAAAGGCUCUGGCACCUGCCUGGGAGCAUUUAAUUACCCUGACAAUGGCAUCAAGAGAAGAAGGGCCAUGAGACCCCUUCAAUCACAAAUCCACAGAGGAGGUGCUGGCUUUUCCUGCUGCUCCCACAUGCCUGGGGCCAGCACCUGCAGGCUGCAGCCCCUCCCCAAGAGCAGAACCAUCAUCCAGCCCUCUUAGGGACACCUUUUCUCCCUCAGAGCCUGCAAUGCUGCACACGGUACUGGCUUUUUUAUGUCGUGCUUUUCCUGUGUCCUUUGCACCGCUCUUAGACCAAUAAAUGCACAUUAUAAAAAAACAAAGCAGUGGACAGUUCUAAUCUCUAAGUCAACAUGUGCCCUUAUCACAGAGGGUGGUUCCCACUGGGCAGGCUCAGGCUGUCUUUUAUCCAAAAGCACCAACGUGUGCACACGCUGCAGAGCAAAUCGGAGGCAAAACUUUCCCGGGCUUUCCAGGCCCUUUUGGAGCAGAGGAGUGAGCAGCCAGGGAUUCUUGCAGGACUAGAUCCUGCUAGAAAGUACAGCAGGAGCUGCAGGACCCUGCCAGGCAGGCACAUGUCCAGCACACUAAGCAAAUCACCCUCACCAUAUCUUCACCUCCCUUCAUGGCUCUGUCCAAGGCAUUGCACAGAGCUGUUCCCAAGGCUGUUAAGUAACAAUAACUUUCCUGCUGGCCUUCUUGACCAAAACACCUCAUUGUGAAUGUAUGUCUGGCUUUCUAGGAUUCUAACCACCAAGUCUGGAAGGGAAAAAACCCCAACAACCCUCAGCUGUAGCAAAUGCUGAUUCAAGAGAAGUGCUUACAAAAUUGCACACGAAGCACUUCACAAAGGUGACCUGCCUGGAGGUGCACUGAAAAAGGAGAAAGAGGGGCUGUGGACUACCCUCCAGAUACAGCACUCCAGAUCAGCAUGAGCCAGAACAAAGAGCACCAAGGGAAUUCAUGACAGGCCCACAUUUUCGAGGAAGAAACCCACAUGACUGUGUCCCAGCUCCUGUGUUCUCUCCCCGCUGAUCUCUCUUCCCUUUCCACUUCCCCUCACUCAAACCCUUGGCCCCCUGUGCCGGGGCCAGUCCAUGGGUAGCCACCAAACACACGGGCCUUUUCGGCACUGCAGAGUGAGACGGACCUUUGAUGUCCCCCUGCUUUUCAAAGGCCGGUCCUUGGCUAUUGUGUUCACAUCCUGAGCUUGUUUGUACACUUGCCGGAGGCCCCAGCCCCGCAGCCCCGCUGCCGCAGCCGCCCUGACCCGCAGAUAAAGGCAGGCGGGCUCAGGGGCAGAGCUGCUAUCGGAGCAGGGACACACGGCCCAGGCUCCUGCAGCUGCCAAGAUAGCGGGGACUCUGCCAGGCUGACCCCACAGGGGUGAAGGCUCCAGGUCAACAACAGCCCCACAGGCCUGCACCGGCCUUGGCCGCAGCCGGGCACUUUGCUGUUGGCAGCAGCGGUAUCGGUGCCCCGCAUGCCCAAGAGUGUCCUGGCACUGCUGCUCUGCCCCUGGAGAGGGCCAGAGCUUGCCAGCAGAGGUAACUGCCAGGCAGCAGGCAACACGAAAGGAAAGGUGCUGAAGCUCUUUGAUCAUCGCUCAUCUCUCCGUGCCCUCUGGGCAGGCACGGAGCGGGUAACAGUCCGCCCUUCUCCCUGUAGGUAAGGUGGGGUGGUGCAAGGAGCACAGAGGGCUCCCCAUGACUUGGUGGUUAAAAUCUCAGUGAAACCCAGUCUCUGCAAGCAAGGAAGCCUCGCCAAAAGAGCCAGACUGUUUUAGUCCCACUGGGGCAGUGUCCGAGCAUGAGCCUCUCUGCUGGGCCUCCACGCAAGGAGGAGCAGUAUGAGCAAGC